UCCUUAUCGGCGCAGCUUAUUUCGGUCUAGUGUUUCUAUGGUUGCACGCCCGGUAACACUGUGUUAUCACCUCGCCAUAAAGACGCGCGCUCUGCUCGUGCUGCAUUCAGUCGUCCUCGCCGCCAUGAAGCUGCUAAUCGUGUUCGCCCUGGUGCUCUGCGCGCUGCAGGCUGUGCAGGCCCUCGCCAUCCCCAUCGACAACGUCCUCGACCUCGGCGACAAGGAGGCAGACUGGGCCCCGGACGAGGGAGUCGAGGGCGUCGACCUUCUCGCCCUGCAGCGGAAGCGGGGAGAGCUCGCCCGGCAGUUCUUCGACCUGCAGGGCGUGCUCCGCGCCAUCCAGAACAUCCUCACGGCCAUCAACGAGCAGAUCCAGAAGGCGACCAACGACUUCCUCAACGGCAUCAACAAGGCCGCGCAGGACGCGCAGAACUCGGCGAGCCAGGCCGUGCAGGAGUGGAACAACAGGCUGCAGGAGGUGAUCGACGGCGCGGACGCAUUCGACUCGUCGCUCAAGGCGUGCCAGGCCCAGUACCGCACGCUGGAGGAGGUGGCCCAGUCGCUGAACGAGGACGUCAACCAGUGCGUUCAGAACGCGACGGCGAGCGCGCGCGCCUCGCUGCAGCAGCUGGACGCGCUGGGCCCGCGAGCGCAGGCGUUGUUCGACGCGGCGGGCGCUGCGGCGCAGGAGUGCCAGCAGCAGCCGCUGCUCGCGCAGCCCUGGUGCCUGGGCACUAAGAUCCCCGCGCUCGCCGGGCAGGCCGCCGGGCUGGCCGCGGAAGCGACGCGCCUCGGCGCCCAGGUCACCGGCGACCUGGUCUUCAAGGUGCCGCUGACCAACGCCGGCUGCGUGGCCGCCGCCGUCGACGCGCGCAACCGGGAGUCUGCCCAGGUCAUCGCCGACGUGUCGCAAUGCGUGCAGGACAGCCUGGCACAGCGCGGCUCGGCCGCCGCCUCCAGUGUAAAUAAUAAAUAACCGCCGCCACCUCGCA